GCUUGAGUCUCCGCGCGCCGGCUCGUCUCUGUUUGCCGAAGGGCUCCUGCUUUUUGGGGCUGCGCAGAGAGCUGUCAGUCAGGGAAGGGCCCCAGCCCAGGGUGAUGUCAGUGGAUCAGCUGCUCCAUAACAAAGCGGGGAGAGCCGAGGGCGGGAGAGAGAGAGAGAGCGGCGACAGAGGCGCUGGCUGGUGUGCGCGGCGGCGGCGGCGGCAGCAGCAGCAGCUCCUCGCCUGCCCGCUCAGCGAGCUGUAGGGGGAGACAACGACAGGCGGCCACCGGCUCGCCUCGGCUGCACCAGGCGAGUGGCCAGGCACGGGUGUGCUCGAGCAAGUGGACUCUGUGACCCGCGGCCUCUGCCAUGGACAGUGACGAAGAAACGCUGGAGGAGACCGUCGAGGGAGCGCUUGACGAUGAUGGACUGCCCCAUGGAUUUUGUACAGUCACAUAUUCAUCCACAGACAGAUUUGAAGGAAAUUUUGUGCAUGGAGAGAAGAAUGGUCGUGGCAAGUUUUUCUUUUUUGAUGGAAGUACACUUGAAGGUUAUUAUGUUGAUGAUGCUCUGCAAGGCCAGGGAGUGUACACUUAUGAAGAUGGAGGAGCUCUUCAUGGCACUUACGUGGAUGGAGAACUGAAUGGAUCAGCCCAGGAAUAUGAUGCUGAUGGACGACUGAUGUUUAAAGGACAAUACAAGGAUAAUAUUCGGCAUGGCAUUUGUUGGAUAUACUACCUAGAUGGCGGGUAUCUGGUUGGAGAAGUCAAUGAUGAAGGAGAGAUGACUGGGGAGAAGAUAGCCUACGUGUACCCUGAUGGGAAGACAGCCUAUUGUGGGCACUUCAUAGAUGGUGAAAUGUUAGAAGCAAAGUUGGCAACUCUUUUAUCCAUAGAAGAAGGAAAGCCACAAUUAGAGGUUGUGCCAGGCAGUCCAGUAUACAGUUUUGAUAAAUCUACUUCAUCCUGCAUUUCUACAAAUGCACUUCUUCCUGAUCCUUAUGAAUCAGAGAGGGUAUAUGUGGAUGCAUCUUUAAUUUCCUGUGCUGGAGAAGGGUUGUUUAGUAAAAUGGCAGCUGAAGCUGGCACAGUUAUGUCCUUUUACAAUGGAAUACGGAUCACACAUCAGGAGGUGGACAACAGGGACUGGGCUCUAAAUGGAAAUACAAUAUCCCUCGAUGAUGAAACAGUCAUAGAUGUACCUGAACCCUAUAACCAUGAAGCCAAAUACUGUGCCUCAUUAGGGCACAAGGCAAACCACUCUUUUACACCUAACUGUCAUUAUGAGUCGUAUGUUCAUCCUCGUUUUGGGCUGAUUAAAUGUAUUCGCACUAUUAGAGCUGUUGAAAAGGAUGAAGAAUUAACAGUGGCUUAUGGCUACGAUCACAAUCCCUCUGGACAAAAUGGGCCAGAAGCACCAGAGUGGUACCGGGUGGAACUAAAGGCCUUCCAGGCAUCCCAGGAAAAGUGAAAUGUAUACAGCUUCCAUAGUCAGCAAACCGGAUCUAUGCACUACCUUCAUACUGAAAAUGGGACAGCCAGACAUUUUUGUUCUAUGGCUCUUUACUCUAUGUUAGAGAGGGAUUCCUUGCAUACUAACACAUUUUAAUCUUUAGAGCAAUUUUUAAAAUUUCACAAGUGCUGUGAAAAAACUAUUUAGUAUGCUAUACAAGGCAGUGUGAUUAUUUGCCAAUCUUCAUCUAAUUCUCCAUCAUAUGCAAGGAUGCCAACAUUUUAAAAGAGUAUAAAAAGACUGGGUUACCCGCUACAGUCUAGUUGUUACAGUGCAACUACUUUUUGUAUACAUGUCAUUUGUGAUGGUACUAGAAUUGUGUUUUAAUAUUCUUGAACAUUAGUGUAAUUUUAAAAACUUUGAUCGAAAAUUACUUUAGAGCAGGUUUUUAUCUUGGUGCACAGGAGUCUGGCCUUUUAAGUCCUCUCUCUAAACAUUAUUGCUUUUGAACCAAUUUGUUUCUUCUGAGUCUGCAGAAAAGUUUAGGCAGAAGUUCUCUAUGCAGGUAUGUGUGGCUGGAUGGCCAAAAUCAUUUUGAUGUGUUCCUAAAAAUAGCAGGGCUGGUGUAAAUCACACUUAGAUAAUUUCUAGUUAUUUAAACUGGUUGUUUAAACUAGUUUUUUUUUUUAAGUUGAAACAGGAGACAGGGUAAUUUAUGAAGAAAUACUGCUGAUUAGAAUAGAAUCGCUGUGGAAGGAAAUGACUUAAGAUGAACCAAGAUGAACUCUUUCUUGCUUAAACCUUUUUCCUUACUUUCUUUCCUCUGAAUGAUCAUGUGGUUUCAAGGAAUACUGAAAAAGAAAUACCUACCUGGGGGUGGGAAAGGUUUAUUUGGUGCACAAGGACAAAAUCAUGACAGGAGAGCGUUGCACUUUGAAGCUUCCUUUAUUUUAUAAGACAUGGAAAAUUAAGAGUAAUGCUAAAAUAUUAAAGGCAAAACUCUAAGUUGCUAAAGUAAAGUGGAGCAUUCUGUGCAUAUCUUAUCUAUAUAAAAGGGCAAGGAGUAUUGGUGAUGACUCACUUUUUAAAGAGCUGCACAGUUGUGUGAGUGAAGGGGGUAGCCUGCACUGAUGGAAGCGUGUUGUAACUUAAAAGGGGCGCCAACCGCUGCCAUGAACAAUGAUAGAAAUGACCAGUUUUCUAGAGCCCGUUGUAUUUUAGCACACAAUGGGCUUAAUGGCUAGUUUAAAUAUAUUUUACAAUUCUUAACUAGCAUUGAUCAGUGAUGUGUUAAAACAGUAUCAUUAUAGAUCAAUAACUUUUCAGUGGUCUGUACUUUUGGAAUUUAGCUUUAUAAAUUGCUUUCUAAAUAUCCGCAAUGCAAUAUUAAAUCACUUCCUGUGCAAUUCUUAUGUAUACCACUAGAAGAAGAAAAUUAUUUGUAGGUUUUCCUAUAGAGACAGAUUUUAUGCAGAUUUUUAAACAUUGCCUGUAUUGGGAUAUAACCCAGCAGAUGUUCAGUUCAAAUUUUAAAAGUCAUUUUUUUUCAAUUUCUAUGUUAGAUUUUAAAGAAUGGAACUAAAAACGUUAUUGCAUGGUAUCAGACAGCCAUCAGUGUGAUUCUACUAACUUGGUAUUAAUAGAAUGUACUGAUAAAGCCUUAUUUAUUUUCCACUUUUUUCUCCAAAAGCACAGAAACUUUUCUGAUUGCUGUGCUUUAGUCUUGGACAGAGAAGUCAUUAUUGAUUUUCAUGCCUGCCUGAGAUUUUAUGUCAAAAAAAGCUAUGAAUAGGGAUUUUGCCAGUAUUUGAUUUUUCACAUUGGUAACUAGCCAUACUCCUUUUACUUGUUCAAAGUAUGGCAGAAGGCAUACACAGUUGAGAUUUUACUGACUCAGGUGUGUUCUCUGAGGCUGCUCUGAUUCUUUCUUAUGGAAGUGAGCUGCAAAAGACUGAAAUGCCAAUAUUCUUUUUGCAAGUUGAUGGGUUAAAAAAGGAACCUGAAACAUCUUUAUUGCAUGUAAGAAUUUAAGCACGCUACCAGUGAAGUUGUUGUGGAGUUUACAAAUAUGUCUGAAGAUACAUAUUGCUGAUUUCGAUAUUGGUUGGUGAAAUUAGUCAGUACCCAGAUGUUGUUGCAGUUAAAUUACCUAGUAUUUCACAAGAAGCCAUGGGCUACUAGGAUCCUUCUUGAAUUUGUGUGCAUCUAUCCUUUUGAGAAAAUACUUCUGGGGUAUACGAUUAUAUUUAUAAUGAGACUUGCUUCUGAAUGAACAUGCUUAGAAUCACACUACAUAACUAAUAUGCAAAUGCGGGAAAUAGUAAAAUAAGUUCUCAUAAUGCUUUAUGUUCUCUCUAAGGCCGUUUCUGCAUGGCCCAAAAACAGCUCCCUAGGAAUGGUAAAAACACCAUCCCUGGGGCGCUGUUUGCACAGCUGCAGCAGCGCUGUGUUCAACCCCCCCCCCAAACAGCAUGAAAACACUGCUUUCAAAACAUGCUCCAUGAGCGUGUCUUUUGAAAAGCAGUGUCUUCCCGCCAGCGCCGUGUGAAGGGCACAGGAGUGAAAGCGCCGCUUUUAGGCACUGCCUGUUUGCAUGUGUUCGCCUUGUCUUCCCUCCGAGGCUCCAGAGGGAGAAGUGACACGCUCACGCUGCUCUCCAACCACUGUGGGUCAGAGGGCAACAGGGGCUUGUCACUUCCUCCCUCUGGAGCCUCGUUGGGAAGACAAGGUAAACCACACAAGCAGACUGGGGACAGCUCCACGUGGAGCCGCCUCUGCGGUUUGCAGCAGCUUCGACACUGCCCUUAUGAGACCGUGCUAGCGGUCCCAUGGCUCCACCAACAUUAAUUAUGCUGGUGGACAGCCGCUUCUGCCACUGUGCAGAAAUGGCCUAAGUUUGCUUCCACAUAACAACUUUCUUGAUAGAUCACUAUUAUAAUAAUUUUUGAAAGAAUCAACUAAUUAUACUGAAUUAAAAGCCCAGCUUUUAAAAAUAAAUGCAAUUAAGUUUCUAGCCUUAAUUCAGAGUAUAGAUUAUCAUAACAUGAUUAUAGCAAUCUAUAAUCUUUUUUUUAAGCCACAAAGCUGCCCUCUGUUUUCACACUGCUGUUUUUGGCCCAUGCAGAGUUCGCCAUAGACACAGGCUGGCAUGAAAACUGUUUUGUCCUGGAGGAAAAAAAGAGAAAUAUGUAUGAGUGUAACUAUGUAAAACUUUGUCAGGCUAAAUGGUUUUUGUGCACUGAAUCCAAUCAGUUUUUCCAUGCAGGAAAAGGGAAGUGGGGUCCCCUUUGAUUACCCAAAAAGACUAUGCUGGGAUCAUGAGACUUGCAUGGACAAAAGCCAGGUGGAAUGAGGUUAUAAUCAAGAGUUGGACUAAGUGAGAUUGAGGGGGGGGGGGGAGUCUGGAUCCAACCCUAUGGUCUUAUGCUGCUUAUCAGUGAGUUAGUGCAAUCACCCCAUGGCAAAGAGUGGAUUUCCCCCCAUUAGUAGAAUUAUGAUCUUGGUUAGCAAUUUUAUAUAUAUAUAUAUAUAUAUCUGUAGUGGAUCAUGUGGAAGAGUGCCAACUUCAAAGUAGUUACAGCUGUGCAAUAAUACUUUGCAAUCAUUAUGCUGCUGGUAAAUUGGCCCUAGCCUUUGUAAUAGCACUAGAACUUUUAUCUAGAAAUAAUGAUAUUCUUUAGUGAAUAAUAGGUUAGUUUCAAGAUUCUUGCACAGGUCAAAGGUUCUGAGCAUUUUUGUUUAUUACUGUUAUCUAUUGCUGCUGCAAGAUGGCCUUUUCUUUACAUUUUAACUGACAACCAAAAAUAACGUAACAUAAAGCUACAGUUUCAAAAACAAAUACUGUGGUAUUACCUGGUGAAAGCAAUGAAAUAUUCAAGCCAUAAAAUAAUGGGCAAAGGGGAGUUUUACUUCACAAGUUUGCAUGUGUAUAUAAAUCGACAUGUAACAUUUAUGGUGGAAUGCAUAUGAAACCAAGAAUUACAUGAAUAAAUUAAGCUGACAAAAUGCUUUUCAGUACAGAAAUUAAACUGAUGUCUUACAACAAAUGAAAAGUUAGUCCAAAUGUAUUCAUAAUGUCAGUUUUUACCUUUUGAGUUUAGGCAUAUCUGACACUUUCUACGGUUUUCUUUCUACUGUUUAUUAUUCAACACUAAGUCAAACAGUAAUAGUUGGGGUGCUAGAUGCUAAAACACCUGCAAAUUGUUAUAGUAAGGUCUGUUAUUCAUGGAAUGUUUAUCCGCUUCCACAUAAAAUGGUGGGGCUGUUUAAACUUUUCUGUGUCAUAUAUAAACCUGUGUCCACUUAUGUGAUUUGUAAGAUCAAAGCAACUAUUUGUGAACAUUUAAAAUAAGUUUUACAAUGGUAUUUAAAAUGUUAUUUAAUGCCUAAUUUCAUGUGUUAUUUUCAGGUAAGCUAUCUGAAAUCAUUCACAAAGUUCUGUAAUUGGAGGGAAUAAAAUGGAAGGGGAUCGAUGCUUAGAAAGUCAGAGUGUAACAACUUGAACCUGUAGACAGGUCGUUCUAGAUGUAAUGUCACGAUACUAAUUAGAGUGGUUUGUGCUUCACAAUGACACUUCUGAUGCAGUCUAGGUUAUGCUGCCUUGACAAGCCAUCACAGAAAUAAGAAAUUGUAUUACCCGCAGGUCUUGUUCUUCAAAACUGGGGUUGGGAGAGGGGGGCACACUUCUUCAAAGAAACUAGCACAGAAAUCUGAAUUACGGUAGAAGGCAGAAAGAACAAGAACAAAGAAAAUGGGAAGAAUACAAAGGCAAGACAACUAAUCAACUUUGGUAAACUUUCAUAAGGGUCAGUGAAAUCCAUAUACCAAAAAAGAAAGUUUCAUGUGAAUACAGAGUACUGACAGACAUACGAGAUGACAAAUGGAUGCUUUAACAGAGGCAUAUACUUCAGGGCUGCAGUGCUCCAAAGAAUUGUCAGGGUUUAGAGAGGAUGAUUUCAGUUGCUUGGGAAGUAUCUGGUAGAUUGUUUUUCCUGUGUUCAUAGGAUAUUUGUGAGGGCACUUAGGUCCAAAGAACCAAUGUGCAGAGAUUUUACUGAUGGGAACAAUGUAGGCAGGAAUGACAGAUCAUAGAAUUUUUCCCAAAAAUAUUGCAGUAUGUACAUGUAUAUUCUGUCAAUAAUCUACUGAUACAAAUUGGUCUGUAUAAAUUUGUUUUAUUUGUAGCAGUGGUAAAAAACAAGCUAACCUGCACAAGAGAUAACAUAAGCAAUAGGAGAGCACAAAUAUGAAAAUGUAGUAGGAAAGUACUGAUGAUUACGUAUUCAGUGGAAAUGAAAUAAAAAUCAGAAUGAAAGACAUAAAGAACAUUUAUAAAGUUAGAACUCUUCUACAUAACUUUCACGCCUACAAAGUUAUAGUAACAGUGACAACUUCAUGUAUGUAUCAGUAGGUUAUUUCACAAAUUGCAUUGAUGGUAUAGGUAAUGCUAGUCAGUGAUUUCAUGCAUGAAGAAGACCAAAGUAUGCCAACCACAAGUGAGGCAUGGAAACAACACGCAUCGUUACACUGCAUAUUGUGCUGGUCAUGUCUGGCCCCAGCAAAUAAAUGUAGUCCUGGAGUUCUCUUGCACAAUGAAGCUAUUUGACAGCCAGUUGUAGCAGGAUCCAAAGGGGUCACAGCUUUUUUAUUUUAUUGCUCAAACAGCAGUUUUAUUUUAUUUUCUUCUCUGCAUAUUUAUUAAAAAGAGACCUGUUUUCACUGCAUACAGGGAUAUAAUGUAGAAAGCUUCAUUUUAUAUACUUACGCUGUAGUAUGCAAAUGAUUCUUGUGGAACUAAUCAUUCACUUGAAAAGAUUUAUUCCCAUUACCUUAGCAAGAUGAAGAUAAGUACCUUCAGGUAGCUUGUUUUGGGUAGAAAUUACAUUAAAAUUGUUAUGAAAAUAUUAAUUAAAAAAUUUCAAAACAUGUUUAAUGUUCACAAAUGGCUUUCUUGACUAUAGAACUGAUACCAUGUGUAUUCUUGUAUGUGAUAUAGAAAGGUUUAAAGAUUGGGGGGAGGGGGGGAAUGCUGCACUGUUUUUGCAUAGCCACCAAAUUGUGAUCUGUGAAUUUUCCAAAUACUUGCUAUCCUGAAGAAGGGCACAUCAAAAUUUGGAAUAUUGAAGUUCCAGUUGUAGGUUUGCCCCUUGCCAUUCUUUAUAGAUUGAGAUUCUGUGGUUUUUCUCUCUUCCUGUACUCUCUGUAAAACCUUCCAACUAUAACUAGAUUUUGUUUUCCAAAACUGCUGCUGCUGUAUUUAAGAGCUUUGAAAAAAAAAGUUCUUGGUUUUUUAAAAAUAUCAAUUCAGAAGUUUCUUCUUGGCCUGCUGGGGCCCCUCCCCUCAGGGAAGAGUACAUUUUGAAAGGUGUUAAAAGGCUUCUGUUUACAGGCAAUCCCACAAUAUUUAAUGUAUACUUGAUGAAAUGGAAUAAUUAACUGUACUAAAAUGAUGAGCCUUAUUGAAAUCCAUAGGUUUACUUGGUUUGUUUCCCUAAAGCUAUGGAUGACUGUAAAAGAAACAUAAAAGUUUACAUAAAUGACAGUUGCACUUCCUGUUUUUAUGAAUGAGAUUUUUCUAGUAUAUUUUGAGUGCUUGACAAGGAAGUGAGGAACCUGUUUCUGGAGCAAAAAAAGAAAAAAGACUUGGAAUAAUUUUUAAAUUGCUUUAAAAUGUGCUAUGAAAGCAAUUGCAUUAAAUGAAUUAAGCUAC